AAUCUCAGGUUAUGUGAUUGUGAAGAGAAAGUCUCGUAUGUCGUGAUUGUUUUAAUUUAAUAAAAAAUGGGAAAAGUAAAAAAGCAAAAACCAAAUAGAAACAAAAGAAACGUAGUUGCUGUUUCCAAUGAAUCAGACGGAGAAGAACAAUUAAUUGUUGAUUCGAAAGAGACCGCUAUCCAAACUGUUUUGGAUCAACUACAGUCUGCUAACGUUGAAGAAAAGUAUUGUGGGUUACAAACACUAGCAAUAUUAAUAGAGAAUCCAGAUAACAUAGAACAGGUGACCACCAGAGGAGUAGUAAAAGUAGCAGCACCUUUGUUGUUAGAUUCGGCAAAUUCAGUAAGAAAUGCUGCUGCUGGGGCUCUUCGAAAUUUGUCUGCAGUCCGACUAGAUGUUUGCGAUACUUUAAUGGAUGAAGACAUUAUGACACCAAUCACAUGCUAUUAUCAUGAGCAUGCAGCAGAGUGGACUCCAAGCAAUUCUUCAACAAAAGAUGAGGAUUCUGAUACUUACAUCCAAUGUACAAACUUAUUAAUGAAUCUAUGUGAAAGUUCAGAGCUUGCAGUAAAAUAUGUGGGUCAAUCAAAAAUAUUAGACAUCCUGCCGAAAUAUUUACAACUGUCUAUUUUUGGGAGUGAAAUUGUUAUUGCCACAUUACAGUGUUUAUUUGUAAUAGUUGAAGAUAAUCCUCUAGCUAUAGAGAGAAUUAAAUCAAAUUCUGAGGCACAGCUACAGUCUCUUAUAUGUUUAGAAGGUAGUAAUCCUGAUAUACUUCUAAUCAAAACUGUAGCUGCAGGAGUAAUUAUUAAUAUGUGUAGUGGAGAUGUGAGUAAGCUGCCUACAGAUGUCAUCAAUCGAGUAUUAUCAAUAUUAGCUAAUUCAUUGUCAGUUGACCAUAAACUGGCAUGCAAUCAACUAUCUAGUAGUGUUCCAUUAGCUGAUGCCUCAGGAAAAGUGGCAGCACUUAAAGGCAAUGAAUCAAAAGUGCUUGAUAAUCAGAUAAAAGCAGUUCUACAAAUGUUGGAUGCCCAACAAAGUGCUAUUGAAAUUAUUGCAAAUAUUUGCUCUUGUGAUGAUGGUGAUGAAGUCACGGAUGGUGAAUCGUCAGAUGAAGAACCUGAUGAAGAGAUUUGCAAUAAUGGUGAUGACACAAUGUUGUCUGAAGAUAAGUUGCCUCCAAUGGUCAUGGAAGCACUAGUGUCUCUUGAUAUAUUCACCAAAGUUUGGGCACGCACUGAACUACCACCUCAGAAUGUAAUGAUGAUAUUGAAAGAAUAUGAAGGAUCACAAUUAGUUUACAACAAACUUCACAGUGUUCAAACCAGAGCCCUGCUGUGCAUAAACAACAUGCUAUCCACACUGCCUAUUGAUAGUUUAGGAGGAGUUAAUGGUAUAUACAAAAUUUGGCUAGACGCUGGGAAGUUAACAUUCAAACAGAACACAGAAAAUAUUAACCUAUUGGAGUCUGCAACUGCAGUGAUGAGAGCUUCUCUUGACAAAAUCAAACUCAAGGAAAAUGGAAAUAUAAAUGAAUGUAAUCUGUUCAAUAACAUGGCUCUAUCAGAUAUAGAGAUGAUGUUGACUGGUAUCAAAGAAUGCGAGACACCUGAAAUAAGGUCAAAUCUAAUCAGAAUGAUUGGAAUAUUAGCAUUACUCUUAGUAAAUAACCUGAACGAAGUAACUUCAAAUGUGAUAUGUACUAUAACAGAGUUUAUUAUAGAGCAAGCUCAUAAAGAAAAUGAUGUGUGGGUGUUAGCUGAAGCAAUAGAUACAUUAGUUGAUUUGUAUUCUGAAGAUGAAACAGAUAUGUUGGCAGCUAGAGUAAAACUAGUUGAUAAAUUAUCUAUACUGGCACCGAUACUGAAGAACAAAGCAAGACAACAGAGAAGACUUCCCAAGGAAUAUAAGGUAUUAGUUAGCACAGCCACAUCAAAUUUACCAAGAUUCAUAAAGUAUAAAAAGACGCGGUUGAGUAAUUUAUAAGUGUAAUCUAUAAUGUCUUUGUAUUACUCCUUGUAAUUUUUUUAUACAGUUAUGACGUAUUAUAUCCGUUUGUUAUAUC